AGAGAACCGCGAGCGCCGGGGGCUGCCUCGCCCCAAGCCGCGCUGGCUCCUCCGGGCUCCAGGAGGCGCCGUGGCGCAGCGCGAGGCCGCUAGGCUGCGGCUAGAGCGGAGCCCCGACACCCUCCCGCCCGCGCAUAUGGCAGGAAGCGGCGUGCGCAGGCCCGAGAGCCCGAUGGCGCUGAAGGAAGGUGCCGCGGCCGCGGGCGCCGCUGCCUCCAGGGAGCUGCUGUCCGUGGGGAGCGGAGGAGGUAUUCAUGACACACUGUUGAUUAACUCAAAACAUGCCGGCAAAAAGGUCACAAAUUUAGAGACAGUAAGGAUACCAAGAAGUAACAUUUUGGACAGAGUUCAGAGCUUUCUACCGCAGAUGGCCCUUGCAAACAAUGAGCUAAGAAGAGAAAUGGCAACAGCACCAGCUCAUCAGUUUGAUAUUGAAAAUCUAGACAGCUGCCUUGAAAAUAUUAUAGAGAUGAAUGUAGCCUUGGUUGAAUUAAGUGGUUCUGACACGGAUGAAGAAGAAAUAAUUUCAGAAGACAGCUCAGAAUCUGAAGAGGACAGUUGUGCAACUGAUGAAGUUACCAUAGAAACAAUAAAACUUCCAAAACAAAAAGGAGAAAAGGGCAAAAUAGAAAUUUUGGACAGCAAAGUGAAUGAGUAGAUAGAACUAUUUUCAGAUUUCCAUUUCUGAAUGUAUCAUGUCCUGACUACUUUGAAGGCUUGACCCUUAGAAAACUAGCUAAUUUCCACGUAUGUGUCACCUGGAAACUUGCGAACUCCCAGUCACUUAUGUCACUGGAAGUACUGUGUUUAGUAGGGUGGAGAGUUUUUUAUGGCUGGGAGGAAAGCUGGAGCUCUUAGGACUAAAUCCUGACCUAUCCCCCAAGCUAUAUAGAAAUGAGUUGCAUCAGGAGGUCAGGUUGGGGAAGAAACAGCAUGAAACUUAGUAAUUUGAGAGGCUGCACUGUAAAGCCUGGCAAGAAAUGUGAAGUUGGCCUGUUGCGAGUUGAAGAGCGGGUUACUAGGGUGUGAGGUACUUACUUCAGGAGAGGGAAAUAAGUAGAUUAGAGGAAGACAAAGCUUGUGUUUUGAGAUGAGAAUAAAUAUGCUAAGAUAUUAAAGAAUUAUAUACUUGUCUUCACUAGCAAAUACUAAAAACGAGCACACUCGGUGCUUCAAGAGUUAAGUCUAAGGAAAUAUGCCUAAUUUAGUCUUGCCUCCUUAAUUUUAUAGGGAGCAAUUUGGGCUAUUUUACUGUAUUUAGUUUAGACAUGUUUUGCUUUUCAAAUUAUGUAUCUGAAUGCCUUUGUAAAUUAUAACUUGUUUCUCAAAGAAACAGUAUUUUGUAUAAUAAUUUAAGGUUAUAUUCUUACUGUAUUUACUUAGCUACAGAAGAUUGACUAGCAAGCUGCAGUUAAACACAGGAUUUAAAAUUAAUUAUUUAAAAUUAUAUUUUUAUUCUGUUUUUCUUAAAGAUAACUGUUUGGAACAUUUGGUCAAGAUGAUCAAUACCAUUUCUAGGCUUUGUUGAAGAGCAUGUCCUCUUAUCUGUCUUUAUUAAUAGGAAAAAUAAAAUCUUACUGGCAUCAA